ACAAAUCUCAAGUCAGUGCUGGAAUAGCUUCAACAAAAACCUUAAAUCCAAGAAGAAAAGGCUUCAACAGAUGAUCAGCUCCAGACGCCAUGGCUGGCAACGCCCCUUCCACCCUCUGCAGAUGGUGGGAAUCGCGGUCUUUAGUUUCCUUGUGGUGACAUUCUACACAUUCCUGGGACUUUUCCUGGGAAACCGGAUUGCGGAGAUUACAGUCACCGCAAUCUUCACCUUUGUUGCUGUUUCCGUCGUGUUUCUAUUCAUCCGGUGCACCGCGACGGACCCGACUGACAGAACCAGCUUCAGGAAGAGGAAGAAGAAGAAGGGAGCUAGAGGAGGUGGUAAAGGGUACCCUGAACUCAACCACUGGUUCAUUCUGGGGCAGAUUAUGGUCAGAUUCUUGAGGAGAGUUGAGAAGAAGAUUCUAAGGACUUUUAUAAGGAGGAGCUAUCUGGAUCCAUGGAAGACUAGUUCUCAUUUGGACCCGUUGGUUCCUUUCCCAUUUGUGCUCAUGAAAGACGACGAGGCUGUUUCUCCUGAUCUCAGGGAAGAUGACAUCUCGUUUUGUGCGCUCUGCGACUUUGAGGUGAAGAAAAGGAGUAAGCAUUGCAGGACUUGCAACCGGUGCGUUGAGGGAUUUGAUCAUCAUUGUAGGUGGUUAAACAACUGUGUUGGUAAAAAGAACUACACCACAUUCAUUCUUCUGAUGGUUUUCGUUUUGUUACUGUUGAUUACAGAAGGAGGAACAGCAAUUGCCAUAUUUGUCAGGUGCUUCACAGAUAAGAAUGGAAUAGAGCGGGAGCUGAAAAGGAAACUCUACCUAGACUUUCCAAGAGCUGUUCUUGCCACGAUAGCGGUCUUGCUAACUCUAUUGACAGCUUAUGGUUCAGCAGCAAUGGGGCAGCUUUUCUUCUUUCAUUUGGUUCUCAUUAAGAAGGGAAUCAGAACAUAUGACUAUAUCCUGGCAAUGAAAGAGGAGAUCAACCAGUCUAUGGAAAUGGAUCCAUUUAAUGAUGAUUCAGAUUUCUCCUCAGAUGAAAGCGAUAGUGAUUUUGAUUCACCUGAAAAGCCAUCAUGUGUAUCAAGGGUUAUGUGCAGAGGACGUGAUGGGGGAGUUCAGAAUCCCAGAAGGCUUUCCAUAAGAAUUGAUGGAGAACCUCAGCCCUCUACUUCAUCCAAGCCCCAAGGUUUCCGCGUCAGCAUUAAUCCCUGGAGGCUGAUAAAAUUGAGCAAAGAGAAGGCAUUGCUCGCAGCUGAGAAGGCCAGAGAAAGAAUUUUGAAACAGAAGCCAUCGGCAGAGAAUGACUCAUUGAGACCGCUACCAUUAGAAACAAAAUCCGGACCAUUGACAACUACAGCAGGAUCAGGUAUAACACCUCUAAUAUCCAAAGGGGGGUGGAUGCCCGGGUCACCUGUUGCAAAAUUUACAAGCCCCAGAAGGAGGUAUUCUGGCUCGCCAACUACUAUGUUCACCGGCAUUGUUCCCUCACCAAAGCACAAGUACAAAGGUAACUUUGACUUGAAGUUGACAGAGGUGUCAAGGGAGCUGGAGACUUAUAUCUCGAGGCAGGUUCUGUGUUCUGUUAUAAAGAAGGAUGGGGGUGAAGCAUCCCCAAGAUAAACCGGGAUUAUGUUUAAAACUA